AUGUCGCGUGUCUUUGUUUGUGGGCAUACGGGCCAUCGCGACGUGGGGGCGCCCGAGGAGGAGGCGGCUCGGCCAGAGGAACACACCUACACAUCUGGGCGCGCCGAACAAGCAGAGCAGAGGCCGGCGAGAGCGAUGGGAGAGACGAGCACGCAGAACUCGACGAGCGAGAGACAGCACACGCGCACCGAUAGCACAGGCGAGCUACCGAAGACGACGAAGCCAGAAGCCGGGCCGUCAUCGCCAGAGGCCUGCAGGGGACGGGGAUCACCCAUCGACUCACUACACCCCUUUGGGCCAGUCCAGGCAAUGGCGGCCGCCCCUGGCGUUCUGCGUGCUUCUUGGGCCUCCGGAAGGCUCCUCGUCGCCGCGGCUUGA